GAGGAGAACAAUGGAUGAUGACGACAUGACGAGCAGCAGCACACGCAUGGACGAUGUUGCGGCGGCGUUGUGGGGAUGGGAGAACAGACAACAGCACGCACAGCAAGAUGCACAACAGGACAUACAACACCACACACAACAGCAUGCACCCAACUCCACAACAACAACAGCAGCAGCAACAGCAACCACAGCGACUGCGGCAGAGGAGUGGCAGGCGAUGCUUUGGGAUGCAAUUGCAGAAGGGCUGUUGGCACGCAUCCUGGUGUUCAACCUCGUGCGGUUCUUCUCGCUCUGCACGGCCGGUGGCCUUGUCUAUGGCGCCGCGUACAUCCUUCUGCUUGCCUUGACGACACCUGUCGGCUGGCUUGUCGUCGCAGCCUCAGCAACGCUGCACGCGACACGUUCAUCCGUGCGCAUCGGCGACAUGCUCAUGGCUACCGCGUCGCAGUGUGUGCACCGGCUGCCGUGGGCUAUCGUUGUCGCGCUUCUGGCGUUCGAGGCUGGCCUGCUCCAGUGCCAGCGCUUUAUUGUCACCCGCAUCCCAGAGCACGUGCGCGCCCGACUCUCUAUCGCAGCCAAGCGCCACGCCAUCAAGCCACUUGUGUCUGCGUUGCGUCGCGUCGCCGCCUCGCUUUCACUUGCUGCAGCCACCCUCGCACGCCCACACCACGAGCACGCGUGCAAAGGCCACCAACACAAACAGCAAGCAGAGGAAAAGCAAGACGCCAACAAAGAGCAUGCAGCACAAGCUGCUCACGAAGCACAAUCCAACGAAGGAGAAGAAGGCAUGCGCAACCAAGCCCACCCUCGUAACCACGAUCACAACCAGAACGACCAGCAGGACCACCGCCAACAGCAGCAGCAGCAGCAGCAGCAGCAGCAGCGACAAGACAGCCACGUGACGCUGGAGACGCUGCCAUAUGACGUGUGGAACAGUCACCUUCGGCAUCAACUUGAUGCCCUCUCCCUUGUCCGGCUCAGCAGCACGAGCAGAUCCCUCUAUCACUCCGUGCACGCGCUGCCGCUCACGUGGGACGGGCGGGUUGCGUCGCUCGUGCUGCUGGACACCAGCACGCCGCACUGGGAGGCCGCCCUGAACAGCUGGUACAACACCCUGCCCAUCACCCUGCCGCUGACCGUUGACAUUGACAUCCACCCGCCACUGGACGUGUGCCGGCGAGCGUUCGCCGUUCGCACCCUGGGUGACCCAGCCCACACCACGCGCGUGCUCAACGCCCUCCGCUCCAUCCAGCCGAGAAUGGCCGUGUUCACAGACUGGCUCAUCACCGACACCACGCUGCAAGGCAUCGGCUGCCAGCAUCUUGCGCUCAUGGCGUGUCGUACACCGGCUGGCUUUACCCUGGACGCCACCUCGAUGCCACAACACCUGCAGUCGCUCACCGUCUUUGAUCUCGGCGAGCCACCCCAUCUCAGCAUCAACACGCGCGGGCUGGACAGAAUACGGACGCUGGAGCUGCGAGGCGCGUUCACGCUGUGGCCGUCGUCGUUUGGCUGCAGCAACAGGCGCGUUCGCCUCUUCUCCACGGCCAACACGGACGUGCGCCACCUCGCGCGCGCAGAGCACGUUACCCUCGUCCACACACGCGGCCUUACCCACCUCGACGGCCUGCACAGCGUGCGACACCUGACACUCGCGCACCCGCACUGGGCGUCUGGGCACGAGCCGUUCCCGCUGCUGCCGCACCUCAACACCGUGUUCAUCAAGGCCGUGUCAACACGCGUGCUGCCGUCCUUCGCCCCGCUCGCACAUGUCACCACCGUCAGCAUCCAUGAGUCGAGUGUGCGGGACGUCUCUCCCCUAGCCUCCGCAUCAAACGUCACACUGGUGCAGUGCCACGCUGUGGACGACCUGAGCCCGCUCAAGCGCGUGCACACGCUCGUCGUCAACCAGUGCAACUGCGCGCGCGGUGUUGCUGCUCUCACCCACGUCACCAGCCUCUCCCUGUGCCGUGUUCCCGUAGGGGCAGAGGUGAGCAGAUUGCGCUCCACACACCUCCGCUCGCUCUCCUUGGAGGAGCUGGAUGGCGUGCGGCAUAUUGGGCCGUUCCCAAACCUCCACUACUUGCACGUGCGCGCCUGCCACACGCUAUCACGCCUUUCCAUCAACACAUCGCUCCGCACCCUUCGUGUCGAGGACUGCAACGCGUUGUGGAACCUGCUUGCCGCAGCGUGCGUGCCCAGCGUGACUGUGGCGGAUGUGGACGCACUCGUACCUGGGCCGUUUGGGCGCCGGCUGCUCCACACCUGGCGAGGGCAGUGAGCAUGUGUGUGAGAGGGAGGGGGUGGGGAAAGGAAGUGAACGUUGGGGAGGGAGAGGGAAGAGAAGAAGUGGUGGAGAACUUCACAUAAUGGAUGGUGGCGGUGACGAUAGCAGUUGCAAGCAAGGGAAGAAGGAGAACGAGAACGAAACACUUUCUGGUGGCGACAAUGUGUGGUGUGCAGUGGUCAUGAGAGUGCACUGCGUGUUAGCAGGCUGCUGUGCUGGGGAAUCGAGGGGUUAAGCUAUGGUGUGAUUCGAUUGACAGCCUUGCAUUUUGAGGAGGAUAUGGUUCAUUGGGGCUUGGUUGGACGGGUUGAAAGAAGACUGUUGGGAUGGGGGUGGGGAGAAGAUACGAAAGCGUGACACACAACACACAUAGACGCACAACACAGGCCAUUGUUGUACGCGAAGACAAGCAAUGUAACAACAG